AUGGCUAGCAAGUGGAAUGGGCCGAGUCCAGGAAACACAUGUGUUGAUUGCCAGAUGCACUUGACUCGAGAGUCCUCGCAGAAAGCAGAGCAUUUGCAGUCCCUUGAAGACUACUUACAAGGGAAUGAGAGAAGGUCAGCAUUGGCUGAAUCCACAGUUGGCUCCCGUGAUCGUGACUGCUGCAAAGACUUAGAAAAUGUGGGAGAUGAACCACCCUCCACCCCAUCCCACCCUAAGCCCCACUUUGGUCCUAUAUGCCAGCACCAUUGUCUGUCCUUAGAGAGACAUCUGGUCCACACUGCCAUGCCUGUAUUAGGGGGAGCAGUGUCCCCAUGGGUGACAGUAACAGAAGGUAUUAUGACACUGUCCCCUUUUGAUCAAAUGAAGACUGCCUCCAAUAUAGGUGGAUUUAAUGCAGCAAUUAAAAACAGUCCUCCUGCCAUGUCUCAGUAUAUCACUGUGGGGGCCAAUCCAUUUACUGGCUUCUUCUAUGCUCUAGAGGGAAGCACACAACCAUUAUUAUCUCAUGUUGCACUAGCAGUUGCAAGUAAACUCACUUCUGCUUUAUUUAAUGCUGCCAGUGGUUGGCUUGGUUGGAAAAGUAAGCACGAAGAAGAAGCUGUCCAGAAGCAAAAGCCAAAGAUGGAACCUGCUACCCCAUUAGCUGUAAGAUUUGGACUUCCAGAUUCUAGACGCCAUGGUGAAAGCAUAUGUCUGUCUCCGUGUAACACACUGGCAGCAGUCACAGAUGAUUUUGGCAGAGUUAUUUUAUUGGAUGUAGCUAGAGGAAUUGCAAUACGUAUGUGGAAAGGGUACCGAGACGCACAAAUUGGAUGGAUUCAAAUUGUAGAGGACCUCCAUGAAAGAGUACCAGAAAAGGUGGAUUUUUCUCCUUUUGGAAAUACUCAGGGUCCCAGUCGAGUAGCUCAGUUCCUUGUGAUCUAUGCUCCAAGGAGGGGAAUAUUAGAAGUAUGGAGCACACAGCAGGGACCUAGAGUGGGAGCUUUCAACGUGGGUAAGCACUGCAGGUUACUGUAUCCUGGCUAUAAAAUAAUGGGCUUAAAUAACAUUACCAGUCAGAGUUGGCAGCCACAGACAUACCAGAUCUGCCUUGUUGACCCCGUGUCUGCAAGUGUGAAAACAGUGAAUGUUCCUUUCCAUUUAGCUCUGAGUGAUAAGAAGAGUGAACGAGCCAAGGACAUGCAUUUAGUGAAGAAACUUGCAGCUUUGCUGAAAAUGAAAUCUCCUAAUAUGGAUUUGGUUGAAACAGAAAUAAAGGAAUUGGUUCUUGAUAUUAAGUACCCUGCAACCAAAAAACAAGCUUUGGAAAGCAUUUUGGCAAGUGAACGUUUACCAUUUUCCUGCCUUAGAAACAUCACUCAGACUUUAAUGGACACUUUAAAAAAUCAAGAAACCAUGGCAGCAGAUCUCCAAGGCAUCGCCCUCCAGAUUUACAACUUCCUGGGAGAAGAGUUCAGUUCAUGA